AUGUUGAGGUUCAACUCCUUCAAGACUUCCUUUUCUAAGGCUAGCUAUGCAUUCAGAACAUUUGCUGUGAGACCUAAUAAAAUGUUGGGAAAUGCGUCACUGACACAAAACUAUUUGCAAAAAUAUAGUUUAGACCAGUUCCAACCAAGAGCUAAUGCCCCAAGAAAAACAAAAGAUGUUGUAAAGAACUAUUUCCUCAAAAAUGAUAAAGACAAUCAGCUCAUUAUCUUUCAGAUAAACGGAAAUAAAAAGUUGAGGUACUCUGAUAUCGAGGAUCAUCUUGGAAUUCCAGCAAACUCAAUUACGGAAGCUAGCCAAUCUGUGAUUGAAGAUAUUAUUGGAGUUAAGGAGGAAGGCCUUUGGACAACUUCUACCCAUUUACCGAGAGUGAAUAAUGUGACUAUCUACAAAGAUAAAACCUUAAUGGAUUAUAAGCCAAGAGAUUACGAAGCUUUUUCUUCACUCAAUCCUUGGAAAACGAAGCCUCAUGACCAACUGAUUGAUAUGCUCUCAAAUCCAAAUAUAAAAUACAAAUACAUUGAGAUUCCUUUCAAAGAUAAGGUGAAACAAGCUCCAAAGGCUGAGGCAACUCCAGCUGCUACACCUCAAAAUACUACCCCUAAAAAGGCUCCUACACCAAGGAGAGCGCCUGUAAGAAGGAGGGCUCCACCAGCUAAGCCUCCUGUUAAGACAGGUCAUGAGCUAUCAGUUAAGGAUAAGAAAAAUGAAGAUUUUGGGCAAUGGUACCAACAGACUAUCACUAAAAGUGAAUUAGUUGAGUACUAUAAUGUCUCUGGAUGCUACAUUCUCAGACCUUAUGGCUAUUCCAUCUGGGAGAGGAUUCAGGAAGAGCUCAAUCAGAAGAUCAAAGAAAGAGGAGUCAAAAAUGCCUAUUUCCCGCUUUUAGUUAACGAAGCUGACCUUGCAAAAGAAGAAUCUCAUAUUGAAGGGUUUAAGAAAGAAGUAGCAUAUUUGCAGAAGGAUCUUGAUAAAUCCCAGACUCCUGUUGAAGAAGAAAGUGAAGAUGUAGUACAAGAAACUGAGCAAACUGAGCAAACUGAGCAAACUGAGCAAACUGAGCAAGAGAAUCAAGAUGCUGAAUUAGAUAGAGAAGCUAGGCAAAAUAGUCAAAUUGAAGAAGCCAAAGAACCGCAAAAUUUGAAUAGAAUAGCUCUCAGACCAUCGAGUGAGGCUAUCUUCUAUCCAGCUUAUGCAAAAUGGAUUAGAUCCUACAGAGAUUUACCACUCAAGCUUAAUCAAUGGGCAAAUAUUGUUAGAUGGGAGUUCACUGAUGCCACUCCAUUCAUUAGAUCAAGAGAAUUCUUAUGGCAAGAAGGUCAUACUGCUCAUGCAAGCAAUGAGGAAGCAGAUAAAUUUGCUUUAGAAAUGAAUGACGUCUACUCAGAAAUUUAUGAGGACCUUUUAGCCAUUCCCACAGUGAAAGGAGUGAAGUCUCCAGGAGAAACUUUUGGUGGGGCUGAGAGAACGUAUACAAAUGAACUCUUCGUUGAUGCUAAUGGUAAAGGAAUCCAAGGAGCAACUUCUCAUUUCCUUGGAGAGAAUUUCUCAAAAAUAUUCGAUAUUAAAUACGAAGAUGACAAAAAUAACAUCAAAAAUGUAGCUCAGACAUGCUGGGGUUUUACCACCAGAUCAAUAGGUGCUAUGGUAAUGAUUCAUGGAGAUGAUAAAGGACUUAUCUUGCCACCAAGAAUUGCAGAGCAUCAAGUAGUCAUUGUUCCUAUUUAUAAAACAGAAGAACAAAAAGAAAAGAUAUUUGCAAAGAUCAAUGAGAUCACUGAUGAGCUUGAAAGAAGAAAAGUGAGAGUUCACGUAGAUGACCAAGAAAACAGAAGCCCUGGGUGGAAAUUCAAUCACUGGGAGCAAAAGGGAGUUCCACUUCGAAUGGAAGUUGGACCCAAAGAUUUAGAAAAAGAAGUAGUUACAAUUGCAAUCAGACAUAGUGGAGAAAAAUAUGAAUUCGAUGCUAAUCGGUUGAGAAUCCUCAUCCCAAGAGAACUAAAGAAGAUCCAUAAUCAAAUGCUUAGAAAUGCAAGAAGAGUUAUGAAAGCACACACAAGAAGAGCAAGAACAUUCACAACAGUUAUGAAUAAUGUAAAGAAAGGGAACAGGGUCCUUGCCCCAUGGAGUGAAUGUCCAGAAUCAGAGAAAGAAAUCCAAGAAGCUUCAGUUACAAAUAUCUUAAAUCUUAGAAAAAGAUUGGUCAACAAGGGAGAGCUUUCUCCAGAAGAUCUUAAUAAGGAAGUUGGAAAGGUAAAAGUUUUAUGAAUCCCAGAUGAGCAACCACCUAUGCCAGAAGGUCAAAUGUGUAUCAAGUCUAAAAAGCCAGCGAAGAGAUGGGCCUUAUUUGGAAAAUCAUACUAAGAGAGCCAUAUUUGAGGAGAAUUCAAUAUUAAA